GGAGAGCGGCGGAUCCCUGCGCUGCGCAUCUGGGAGACUCAGCGGCGCAAGUCUGCCUUCAUCACGCUGGAUGGCAGGGACACACUGGUGCGAAGCCUGCAGAAAUCACAAGCAUUACUGGUUGCAAGUGCUUUUUGGACCGUGGGACAGAUGAAAGGUGGAAGCUGUAGGAAGCCCAGCCGGGCUGUAGCUGCUUUGUUUAUCCCAGUUACCCUGCUGAUGCUGAGCUGCAGGGGGGCAUCAGGCAGCCACAAGAUGACACAAACGUCUAUGAACCAUGCGACAGCCUCUGCUGCAGGACCGGGCCACAGCCUGACUGAGUACCUCCGAGUGAACAUCUUAUACAGUGAACAUUUUCAUGUCUGGCUCUUGUCCUUGGUGGGCUCGGUUGCUGUGGGCCUCAGUGGGAUUUUCCCCCUCCUUGUCAUUCCAAUUGAAGCUGGAGCGGCCCUCAAAACAGAAGCUGGUGGCCAGAGGCUGAAGCAGCUCCUGAGCUUUGCUAUCGGUGGUCUUCUUGGGGAUGUUUUCCUUCACCUCCUCCCUGAGGCGUGGGAGCGCUCUCGCUCUUCAGCUGGUAAACACAACCACUACAUGACCCAGGGCUUGUGGGUAAUCCUCGGCCUGUUGGUCUUCCUCCUCUUGGAGAAGAUGUUCCCAGACCGAGACAGCAACGAGGAUCUCCCGUCAAAUUCAGAUCUGAAUUCUAACUCUGCUUCGGAGUCUAUUUCAGUUUUCAGUGGAAAGGCAUCAGCAUCACUCAAAAAUGGGCAUCAUGCUGAGUCAUGGAAAUCCUCCAAGCAGAGUCUGCAGGAAAGAUCGGAGAAGAUCAAGACAUGUGGAUACCUAAACCUACUGGCCAACUGCAUUGACAACUUCACCCAUGGACUGGCUGUAGCAGGAAGUUUCCUGGUUAGCAAAAAAGUCGGCUUCCUCACCACUUUUGCUAUCCUGCUCCAUGAAAUCCCCCACGAGGUGGGAGACUUUGCCAUUCUCCUGAGGGCCGGUUUUGACCGCUGCAGCGCCGCCCGCAUGCAGCUGUCCACGGCGCUGGUCGGUGUGUUGGGAGCUUGCUUCGCUCUGUGCGCUCAGUCGCCAAAAGGAACGGAAAAUGCCACUGCCUGGAUAUUGCCGUUCACCUCUGGAGGCUUCCUCUACAUUGCCUUGGUGAAUGUGGUGCCCGACCUGCUGGAAGAGUCCAGUUUAAGGCAGUCUUUUCUGCAGAUCCUGCUCAUUUUCUGUGGCGUGGCUGUCAUGGCUGUGCUCUCUGCCAUCGUUGAUUGAAUAUGAACAAAUAUCUGACCGACUUUAUGGAUGGAAGACCUUCUUGAUCUGCCAACAAGACUUUGUGCAGCUACUUAAAAAAUGUGCCAAACUAAAACAUCAAUGGAAAUAAGAGUGUUUGUAUGGAUCUUUGUUACCAAAUUGUCUUGUAUGGUUAAUCAGACAAUCAUGUUGUUUUGCACACGCAUUAACACAGGUACACCUGAUGCACCAGCUCAACAGAGCCGGUAUUGUUAGACUCUACCAGAACAUACUCCUCUAAAAUGUAUUCAACAAACACGAAAUUGUUUUAACAUUGUAUAUAUUUUUCUGAUGUAGCUGCUUUAUAUUUAUUGAAAAUUAGACAAGCAACCUAUUAUUAGACGUGCACCACCACCACUCAAUCUUUGUCUUGUUGAGAGAUAGCGCCAAGAAGUCAGGAUGGUCUGUUACAACAGGGUCAGGUCUACGCCAAAGUACAGUUCGUGUUGUUUGUCUUGUAUCUUCAUUCACUUCAGUCUGCACCUUUUUUUUUUUAUCUCUGCUUGAAUGAAUAAUUGUAAUAAAGUUCAAGUUAAUUGAAAAAAAACAUACUGUUUGUUAAUAUUCAGCUUUAAUGUAUAUUGUUGCCUGUAGUUCAGUGAGACUCGAGACAGAUGACUAUUAGAAUUGUCACCAUGCAGAACUUUUCAUAGCAUUAAGUGUCAACACCCUGAAAUAAAUGCCUAUACAUGUGAGACUGCCGUAAAAAUAAAAAAUAAACUGCU